GCCACCGCCAGUCGCUCGCCAGACGCCGCACCGCAAGCACGUGUGCCCGACCCCGCGCGCCCUCAGCCAUGUGGUGAAGUGAAACUGUCAGUGAUACACGUACCGGUCUCGCGGCGGCUACCCCACUCUGAACGGUGAUAUUUGUGAUUCCGAAGUGGUUCCCCCGAUUUGGAAAAUUGGAUUUUACGAGCGAAUAAUGGCCUUAGCCAGGUAUAACCAACAAACUGCCAGAACGCCUUGGAAGCACGGUCCGGGCAGCGAGUGCGGCGGCGGCGGGCCGGCGGCGGCGCCCCCCCAGUCGGCGCGCGUCACGUCCAACGGCGCCGGCGGCAUGGCCGUGAGCCGCGUGCCCAGCCCGCUGCACGACGGGAACACGCCCGUCGCCGAGAACUGGUGCUUUACACAGGUCAAGGUGGUGAAAUUCAGCUACAUGUGGACGAUAAACAAUUUCAGUUUCUGUCGCGAAGAGAUGGGUGAAGUGCUAAAAUCAUCGACAUUCUCCGCGGGUGCCAGUGACAAACUAAAGUGGUGCCUCCGAGUGAACCCCAAAGGACUAGACGAGGAGAGCAAAGACUACCUAUCGUUAUAUCUGUUGUUAGUGUCGUGUAAUAAAUCGGAAGUGCGUGCCAAGUUCAAGUUCUCCAUACUGAACGCGAAGAGAGAAGAGACAAAGGCGAUGGAGUCGCAGCGCGCCUACAGAUUCGUGCAAGGCAAGGACUGGGGAUUCAAAAAGUUUAUCAGAAGAGAUUUCCUACUAGACGAGGCAAACGGACUGCUGCCCGAGGACAAGCUCACGAUAUUCUGCGAGGUGUCCGUGGUAGCCGACAGCAUCAACAUCAGCGGCCAGAGCAACGUUGUACAGUUUAAGGUGCCGGAGUGCCGGCUGUCGGACGACCUGGGCGCGCUGUUCGACAACGAGCGCUUCUCCGACGUGACGCUGGCAGUCGGCGGCCGCGAGUUCCAGGCGCACAAGGCGAUACUGGCCGCGCGGAGCCCGGUGUUCGCGGCCAUGUUCGAGCACGAGAUGGAGGAGCGCAAGCGCAACCGCGUCGACAUCACCGACGUCGACCACGAGGUGCUACGCGAGAUGCUCCGCUUCAUCUACACGGGGCGCGCGCCCAACCUGGACAAGAUGGCCGACGACCUGCUCGCCGCCGCCGACAAAUACGCGCUAGAGCGGCUCAAGGUGAUGUGCGAAGAAGCUCUCUGUCAGUCGCUGUCCGUGGAGUCAGCGGCGGACACGCUGGUGCUGGCCGACCUGCACUCCGCCGACCAGCUCAAGGCGCAGACCAUUGACUUUAUUAACACGAGUCACGCAACGGACGUGAUGGACACGGCCGGCUGGAAGAACAUGAUCUCGUCGCACCCGCACCUCAUAGCCGAGGCGUUCCGCGCGCUCGCCACCCAACAACAGCAGAUCCCGCCCAUAGGGCCCCCGAGGAAACGCGUCAAGCAAGCCUAGUGCCCCGCCGCCAGCGACCUCUAUACCAAAGACACAUCGCAAGGAACACACAUCUUUGAGUUCUACGCCGAGUGAUGACGUAGUGCGGGGUAACGCCGCUAGGUGGCAGUGAUUUUGGGGCUGCCAGCCUAGUUCGCAAAGCCGCCGAUAGGGGGCAGUGAUUGUGAUUUGUGGCGUGCUGCCAUCUAGUGACAGUGGUCGGCGGAUGUGUUCGUAAAUAAGAGAAUCCACGGAUUCAAACCCCUUCGUUUACUAUGAUUGAUCUCAAGACGAUAUUCGAUCCUAAUUUUGUUUUUCCCUCGCGGCUAGUUAGUGCCGCGGUCAUGUGUUAGGUUACGGUGAUGUAAAGGACGCUUUUUGCGCGUUGAGUAGUUUCGUAUUUUAGAUGAGAUAUACCGGUAUGCGUCUAUGCUUGGAGUCAAGUGUGUUUGUCUACAUUGUUUUGCAAGUUAUGUUGUAAUGUAUAAAUUAUUAACUAGAUAUUUGAAAUAAAGCUCAUGUCUAAAUCUAUCCAUGUCUUAAGAAUUAAACAAAAUAUUAUUAUUAUUAAAAUUGAUUGGCUUAUUGUAUUUAUGAAUACGGAGUGUUUCUGAUUGGCCGGUGAAAUUGUAUCCUAUAUCGUUUCCCUAUUCGAUGAAACAUGUAUUUGGUAGGUGUUUAAAGGUAGCACUUUUGAACAAUAUGUAUGUUUGCAGUAGAUUGGUAAUUGAAUGCAAUAAAGGUGUAAAAAGUACUGCGACACGGUUCUAAGUGGAGCCGUUUAUUUUAUGAUUACUAGUCCCGCGGGACCCUGUAGUACCGAGUGGAGCCCGCCCGGCUCUCGUUAGAACCUUGUCACACGUAGGUGACUCGCGUGAUAAGAAAGUCUAUUAAAAUCGUUGGUAUUGUAUAUAAAUAUUAGCUACAACGGGUUUUAAAUGAUAAUGUGAUCGCGGAGCCUGCAAUAUUUACGGUCUGUAUAAAAUUAUUAGAAGUUUUAUUCCUAUGAUGAACUGUGUAUUGCGUACAUCACAUUACUUUUAUAUAAGUAGUACGUGCGAGUUAGUGCCGCCAUGUACAGUUGUAAAUGAAGGUCCCAUUUUCAUUUGAAACGCGAAGUACCAACCCACCAUUUUAAUGUAUCUAAGUAAAUUGUAAGUGGAAAUGCAGGAAGGAGGAAAACGCCAUUUAUAUAUUUUUUUUAUGUCUAUAAAAACUGUUUCCGGACAUCUUUGUGUUACCUGUUUCUUACACAUUCGUGCUUUUUUACUAUCACAAUAUAACUAAUUUGUUCACUUGUAUAUUUUUCUCUAGUGGUUUUGAUGUGUUUAUUUGCUUCGUGAUAAAAACAUUAGUCGGUUUUGUUCUCGCCUCGAUCUUGCUCACUUGUUAUGUAGCUCUGAACCCUUUUACCUUGUCCUUUAGUAUUAUAUUCGCCUUUUAUCGUGUCACUGUCAAGGCUUUGAUUGAUGAUUUUUAAAAGAGUGAAUCCGAUCUAUGUGUUAUCUUAUUAAUGUAAUUAUUACUCAAUAAUAUAAUGUACUGUGGCCAAUAUAUAAAUUUAAAGUGAAACACCAUUUUGUACCCAUUUUCCCAUAAACAUGACAACCUGUUGUAUUGUAAUAGUAACACGAUUACACAAAACAGAAAUGUCAAAAAUAAAUAACUGUGAUUUUCAAAAUUUGUCAAUAAGUUGAGCGAAUAAAUGAAAUGAUGUAAUAUA